AUUUGGUCCCUUAACGAGAAUAUUCACUCACCCUCUCCAUCAAAACGCAUAAAUAACACACCACCACCCGUUACUUUAGUCUCAUCAUAACAAUCUUCUCAAAAACAAAAAUAAUAAAUAAAAAUUCAAAAUGGUUGUGUCUUCUCUGUUUCAUCCUUCAUUCUCCACCCUCGUUUUUAACGCUCCUAAACCGAAUACACAUAACCGCACACUCACCGUCGCCACCGCCACCACCAACAACCACUCUCCAUCACCGGAUCUCGCCACCGACAACAUCAAAGACAUCGCCCGCCGUCACCCUGCCACCUCCAACAACUUCACUGCCAAAUACGUCCCAUUCAACUCCACCUUCGACUCCCCUGAAUCCUACUCCCUCGAUGAAAUCGUUUAUCGCAGCAACUCCGGCGGCCUCCUUGACGUCCACCAUGACAUCGAAGCACUGGCAAAAUUCGACGGCGCGUACUGGCGCAACCUAUUCGAUUCGCGCGUGGGUAAAACCACUUGGCCUUAUGGUUCAGGUGUAUGGAGCAAAAAGGAAUGGGUCCUACCAGAAAUCCACCCUGAUGAUAUCGUUAGCGCUUUUGAAGGUAACUCUAAUCUUUUCUGGGCUGAACGUUUUGGCAAACAGUUUGUAGGCAUGAACGAUCUUUGGGUUAAACACUGUGGUAAUAGCCAUACCGGAAGUUUCAAAGAUCUUGGAAUGACUGUGCUUGUUAGUCAGGUCAAUCGCCUCCGGAAAAUGAACCGUCCUUUGGUCGGAGUUGGCUGUGCUUCCACCGGUGAUACCUCGGCUGCACUGUCUGCUUAUUGUGCUUCAGCCGGAAUUCCUUCGAUUGUUUUCCUACCAGCGAAUAAAAUCUCAACCGCCCAGUUGAUUCAGCCUGUUUCAAAUGGUGCAUUGGUGCUUAGUAUUGACACUGAUUUCGAUGGUUGCAUGAAGCUGAUUAGGGAAAUUACUUCUGAAUUGCCGAUUUAUUUGGCGAAUUCGUUGAAUAGUUUGCGAAUUGAAGGACAGAAAACUGCUGCUAUUGAGAUUUUGCAGCAGUUUGAUUGGCAGGUACCUGACUGGGUGAUUGUACCUGGUGGAAAUUUGGGGAAUAUUUAUGCAUUUUACAAAGGUUUCAAAAUGUGUAAAGAUUUAGGGCUUGUUGAUAAGAUUCCAAGGCUGGUUUGUGCACAAGCUGCAAAUGCAAAUCCUUUGUAUUUGUAUUAUAAGAAUGGUUGGAAAGAGUUUAAAGCAAUUAAAGCCGAAACAACUUUUGCUUCUGCUAUUCAAAUUGGUGAUCCUGUUUCAAUUGAUAGAGCUGUUUAUGCAUUGAAGAAUUCUGAUGGGAUUGUUGAGGAAGCUAGUGAAGAGGAAUUGAUGGAUGCAAUGGCACUUGCUGAUUCAACUGGAAUGUUUAUUUGUCCUCAUACUGGUGUGGCUUUAACUGCUUUGAUCAAGCUUAGGAAUAAUGGGGUUAUUGGAGCUAGUGAAAGGGUUGUGGUUGUUAGUACUGCUCAUGGUUUGAAAUUUGCAGAUAGUAAGAUUGAUUAUCAUUCUGGGAAUAUUGCUGGAAUUGGUCGUUUUGCUAAUCCACCUGUUUCUGUUAAGGCUGAUUUUGGUUCCGUUAUGGAUGUGUUGAAAGAUUUUCUGUUGAGUAAAGCACCAAAGUAGUUUGUAGUAGGUUAAUUUGGAGUUGUCGUUUUCACUUUUUCAGUUGUCCCUAUAGUACAUGUCACUCUAGUUAUACUUUCUUGACUUGACAAGUUUGUGUUGACUUUUCAUGUACAAUUUUGUUCAAGUAUUAGAGGGUUUGAGUUUAUGAAUGAACACAUUUUACUUGUCAAAUUUGGCUCUCUUGAGAACUACUUACACAUUAAGUUGACUCCUGUUAAAAAUUUGGGGCACUUGUUAGUUGUACUUUGAUUGAGUUCUUCAAGGACAAGAACGAAGUAAGAGACAAA